GGUGAAAGCUGUAUUCGUAACGAUGAUAUCAUUUCGACAAUCGAAGAACAAGGCGAUUCAAUAGCAGUUAUUUGGUUCAGUGGUGUCCAUUAUUAUAAUGGUCAGCUGUUUGAUAUUAAGAGAAUCACCAAAGCAGGGCAUGACAAGGGUUGUCUGGUUGGCUGGGAAUUGGCACAUGGCUUCGCAAAUGUCCCGUUGUCGUUACACGCAUGGGAUGUUGAUUUUGCUUGUUGGUGUACCUACAAAUAUGGCUGCUCGGGUGCUGGUGGUAUUGGUGGUUUCUUUGUGCAUAAACGUUUUGAAAAUGACAAGCGUGAACGAAUGCUUGGCUGGUGGGCACACAAAAUGGAUACACGAUUCGACAUGGAUAAUAAAAUGGAUCUUGAUUGUGGAGCAGCUGGAUUUCGCAUCAGCAACCCGCCGAUGAUGCUUGUGGUACCAAUUGUCGGUUUUUUGCAGGUGUUUUCCAAGACAACAAUUCAGGAUUUGCGGUCUAAAUCAGUGUUACUAACUGGUUAUUUGGAAUAUCUAAUCAAUCAUUUUCUUAGUCCAUCCUCGCUGAAUCGAAGGACUAAAAGGGUUGAUAAGCGCUAUCCAGAUGUGAUACGUGUCACACCGGUGCAUUUGUACAACAGCUUCACUGAUGUUCAUCGGUUUAUGAGGGCACUUCUGGAUUCGCUGAAUAUUGUCGAAAUUGAUUUGGAAAAGCAUUAA